CUCCAACCCAAGGAGGCCAGACAGAGGGACGUGGUCACUCUCUGAAAGGUUCAACUCGAGUGGGACAAAAUGCAGUGGACCUCUCUCCUGCUGCUAGCAGGGCUCUGCUCCCUCUCCCAGGCCCAGUAUGAUGAGGACCCUCACUGGUGGUUCCACUACCUCCGCAGCCAGCAGUCCACCUACUACGAUCCCUAUGACCCUUACCCUUAUGAGCCCUACGAGCCCUACCCCUACGGGGUGGACGAAGGUCCAGCCUAUGCCUAUGGCUCUCCAUCCCCACCAGAGCCCCGCGACUGCCCCCAGGAGUGCGACUGCCCACCCAACUUCCCCACAGCCAUGUACUGUGACAACCGCAACCUCAAAUACCUGCCCUUCGUUCCCUCCCGCAUGAAGUAUGUCUACUUCCAGAACAACCAGAUCUCCUCCAUCCAGGAAGGCGUCUUUGACAAUGCCACAGGACUGCUCUGGAUCGCUCUCCAUGGCAAUCAGAUCACUAGUGAUAAGGUGGGCAGAAAGGUCUUCUCCAAGCUGAAGCACCUGGAGAGGCUGUACCUAGACCACAACAACCUGACCCGGAUGCCCGGUCCACUGCCUCGAUCCUUGAAAGAGCUCCAUCUCAACCACAACCAGAUCUCACGGGUCCCCAACAAUGCUCUGGAGGGGCUGGAGAACCUCACAGCCUUGUAUCUUCAUCACAAUGAGAUCCAGGAGGUGGGAAGUGCGAUGAGGGGCCUCCGGUCACUGAUCUUGCUGGACCUGAGUUACAAUCACCUUCGGAGGGUGCCUGAUGGACUGCCCUCGGCCCUAGAGCAGCUAUACCUGGAGCACAACAAUGUCUACAGCGUCCCUGAUAGCUACUUCCGGGGUUCACCUAAGCUGCUGUAUGUGCGGCUGUCCCACAACAGUCUUACCAACAACGGCCUGGCCACCAACACCUUCAAUUCCAGCAGCCUCCUUGAGCUUGACCUCUCCUACAAUCAGCUACAGAAGAUCCCCCCGGUCAACACCAACCUGGAGAACCUCUAUCUUCAAGGCAAUAGGAUCAAUGAGUUCUCCAUCAGCAGCUUCUGCACCGUGGUGGACGUCGUGAACUUCUCCAAGCUGCAGGUAUUGCGCCUGGACGGGAACGAGAUCAAGCGCAGCGCAAUGCCUGUGGACGCGCCCCUCUGCCUGCGCCUCGCCAGCCUCAUCGAGAUCUGAGCAGCCUUGCACCGGGCACCGGGUGGAGAGUCCCCACUGCCCCCACUGCAUUUGGCUAGAUGGUUUGGUUUGGCUUUUGCUGGAUUGUCCGGGACAAACUGUGUGACAGAAGUCCACAGGCUCCCUCUUUAGCCUUCUUCCUUGUAGGCGGGGUUGGGUGGGGUCAGGGACAGGUACCCUUCUGCUGAGCACGUAGGCAGAAGCUCCCUCUUUUCCACGUUCAGCACUGGUGGCAGAGGGAGUAAUAACUGGAAGUUCCAACCCCAGAACUUCACUACUCUUUUUCCUUAUCACCUGACGUCACAGGACUUUAAAAGUAGCUUCGGCAGUAAUAACACAACUGUUCCUUUCCAACAUUCCCUGACUCCGUGUGAGCAGCGCCUGGCAGCUCACUCUGUGUACUGGGCUGGCCAUGCAGUUACUCUGGGCUCCCAUUCUUUGCUCCUCAAAAUAUACCUCUUGCCCAGCUGCCUCCUCCCAAGUCCACCUCGUCCCCUCCACCUUCCUCCAUAGAUGCCUCUUCUGUGCCUCAGGUAGAAUCAGUAGACCCCAAAGGCAUGAGAGCAUCUGUCCAGCAACCUGUGGAGAGAACCCACACUUUUGUCUGAGGUUGAAAGGAUACCAAGAAGUCACCUCUAUGCCUCUCUAACCACACCUCUUGAAAGCCACCAGAUUAAAGGUUACCAGCAUUAUGAUAAUAUUCAUGGCCCUGUCUAGGAGGGGAUAACCAACCUUAGGCUUGUGUAAAUGUAUGGGACUAUAUUUUAGCAUCUGAGCAGCUCUUUGGAGGGAGAUCAAACUUUAAAAGAGGGGAGGUCAGACUUGAUGCUGACCGUAAUGGGGCAAACACACCUCAGAAUGACACACCUCAGAAUGGCUGAGUUGAGGAAGCAGCCCCAGUAGUUCCAUUCUCAGAACUUUCUACAUUCCCAUCAGGACUCUUCUCAAAUCUUUAUCCUCAAAGGUGGAGGCUGUGUGGUUUUCAAAGUAUGAAAAAAAAAAUAAUUUGUCCUCUCUUUUUUGUCCAAGCAGGAAGGUUCUAUAUCCUAAUGAUACAAACAGACUCCAACCAUCCCCAGACUUGCCUACUGGCCCAAAAGAGGAAGAUAGAAGAACGUGGUUAAACUAUAUUAUCUGAUUUGUCCUAAGGCCAGAGUUAAAAUUACCAGCUCUGGCUGGAAAUGCUCACUGGGGUCCAUGAAGCCAAACCUUGCCUGGGCUGGGCACAAAAAUUCUCUGCUUUUACAUCUCUGAGCUACACCUUCAUUAAUGAAGAUGCUGUUGCUUUAUAGCUUGGCUGGAGAGCAAUUCAUUCUUCCUAUUUCUAAAAGGUAAUGUUGCCUGGGGGCUUAACCCACUUGAUCUUUUAGGCACUGUUGGGAUGGAGUCAUCUGGGCAGGCAGGGGCAAGCACUAGUUGAGGAGAGGUAGCUCAAGUCUGGUCCCUGCUGAGAUGCCGUUACAUCCCUGAAACUGUGUAUGCUUUGAAGCAGCUUCCCUGAGAAGGGAGGGGGGGAUCCUUGGACUAUGUUCUUGGCUCCAGACCCAGAAAUCCACAAAAGCCAAACCAGCUCAUUUCAACAAAAGAGCUCUGAUGAGAGGGGAAAGGCUGCACCCUGUCCCAGGGCUCUUCAGAAAGCAUCUGCAUGUGAACACCAUCAUGCCUCUAUAAAGAAACCUUAUUACAGGAAGAGCAUGAGUGGUGGCUAACCUGACCAAUAAAGUUAUUUUACGAUUGCAUCU